AUGAGUUCCAAUAAAUAUCUAAACGUUGAUUUUGAGAUAGAAACUUUAAUUUUUUAUUUAUUUAAAAGAUAUAUAUAUACUACUGAAAUUAUUUUGAAUAACUUGAGUGAUCUUGAGACUUUACAACUUUUGGUUGCUGCUGAUGAAUUACUUCUUCAAGAUUUUAUUGAUAGGUUAUUACCUUUUAUACAUGAAAAGCUAGAAGAAUUUAUGAGGAAUGGAGCAAUUAGCAUUUUGCAAUUUGUUUUUAAUUAUAAUGCUUGUAAACCACUCCGUGACACUUGCUUUCAUAUCAUAUGCUCUUAUCCUGAAAUAUUAUUUGAGCAUCAAAACUUUACAAAGUUAGAAAAAUCUCUUCUUGUUCUUAUAAUGCAACGAGAUGAUCUGGGUAAUUUAACGGAAAUGGAAAUUUGGAAUUAUUUAAUCAAAUGGGGUACUGCUCAAGAUCCUGCUCUUCAAAAUAAAAUGCUUGAAACUUGGGAGGAAAAUGAAUAUUCUGUUUUGAAAAAUAUCAUUGUUGAUUUUAUUCCUUUAAUUCGCUGGAAUAACAUUUCUUCAGCUGAAUUUUGGAAGAAAAGAUCUUUUUUUCAAAAUGUCUUAUCAAGAGAAUUGUAUCAAGAUAUAUUAGCUUAUUAUCUUGAUUCUACUACGCCACCCGCAAAAACUGUAAUGUUAAAAUCAAGAACUAAACCCGUUAAUCAAGAUACAAAAAAAUUUGAUGAGGCUUCAUACGACAUGAAAACAUGGAAAGAUGAUGAUUACAAAAUAUUAACAAAGGUUAUUGAUGAUUGCAUUCCUUUGAUUCGUUGGUUCCAAGUAUCUGGAAAAGAAUUCAGGAAAAAUAUUUCUUUUCUUGAAAACAUUUUAUCUACUGAGUUAUAUUAUAAUAUUCUAAAUUAUCAUUUGGAUCCUAGUUCACUACCUAAAGAAAUUACAAUUUUACCUCCAAGAUAUAAAUUAGAUCACAUGCCUCAUAUUAGAUCUGAUCAAUUUAAUAUAAUCGCUAGUUGGAUUGAUAAGAAGGAUUUGGAAAAAGAUUCUCAAAACUUCUUAUCUGGACUAUUUCAAUCAAAUAAUACAUCCGAGCGAACAAUUUCAAAUACAAAAUUAAAGGAUGCAUUAUAUUAUAAUUCUAAUAAUAAUCCUUACGAUUUUAUCCCUUUAUAUUGUUCAAAAAGGGGUGGACCUAGUGAAUUUCAUAAAUUAUGUGAUCAUAAAGGUCCAACCGUGACAAUAGCAAAAUUGCGUAUAAAUAAUUCUGAACUAUGUUUGUUUGGUGGUUAUAAUCAUUUAAGUUGGAAACCUUAUUGUCACAAAAAAAAUCCAUAUUAUUCAUUUUCAAAAUCAAAUAAAAAUUUUUUAUUUUUAUUUGAUAAUGAAAAUGAUCAUGGUACAACAAAAAUUGCUCGCGUUAAAAGAAAUAAUUCUGCUGUUGGAUAUUGCUCAGAUUAUGGUCCAAUAUUUGGCUCAAAAAAUUACUAUUAUUAUUUUGAUUCUAAACCAGUUUUAAGAAAAUGGUUAUCAAAAUGUAAAAGUAAAACUAAUUAUCCGGACUUUAAAAAUUUUUCAAAAUUACAAAGUGCUACUUGUUACACGAUCGAAGAUUAUGAUGUUUGGCAAGUAGUUAGAAAAAACACUUCUUGA